UUACAGCACUCAGUCACUCAGUGCUGGUUGAGAGAUGAACCAUAAAAUACUACCUAGGCAGGGCAACACUAUACAGUCAUUUACUGACUCACCUGUUAACCUGCCUCUUACAGUGCUUCUGAAUUUGACUUUUGUGGAUAUCCAUAGACAUCUGCGGUGUUGGAAGGAGUAACUUUGUGCUUUGUUAGGAGUUUAUGGCUUCAAAUUUGAAGGUUUUUUGGGAUCCUUGUCAUUGUUCGGAUCGCUUCAGAGGUUCGUCAUUAGUUAUUGGGCAGCAUUUGAGGACACCUGAGGAACAAAUGUUAUCCUUUGCUUUAAAGCGUGCAUCGUAUCUCCAAUGGGUUUCUGUCCCAGUGGUCUGGCUGCACUGUUGCUUACAUUGGCGCAUUCGACUACUGGAAUAAUCAAUUGAAUCUGACGUGGCUGUUGGACAUCUGCUUGCAUAUUGACUUAUCGGGAACACAGAAAGCCAUCUCAAACCUUUUUUGUUGUGUGUGUGUGUGUGUGUCCUGGUUGGAGCAGAGUAUUGCUAUGUUUUUCUCCUGGAUUCUCUAGCAGAACUCUAGGGUAGUACAUUAGCAUAUGUGACAUUUUGCAUUCACGUUCACCUCCACCCUAAAGUUGAACCUCACGACACAUAUCCCUUAGGCUAAGGAGGGCCUUUCAGUGCCUUAAGUUGACCUGGUACCCCAUGUCGUCUGACUCUGGCCAUCUCACCGGGGCCCAGAGCGCUGUGUGCAGGCUGGUCCACCGGGGCCCCAGACCGCGGGCCCUGCUGAGGCCCAUAAGGCUGGAGCUGGGGGUGUAUGUGGAGAAGACCUGCACUAAACAGAAACACAGGAUGGAGGCUUCGUGUCUGGAGUUGGCGCUGGAGGGAGAGAGGCUGUGUAAGGCGGGGGACUUUAAAGGCGGGACAGCGUUUUUCGAGGCGUCUGUGCAGGUGGGAACAGAAGACCUGAAGACCCUCAGUGCCAUCUACAGCCAGCUGGGCAAUGCCUACUUCUACCUGAAGGAAUACGGCAAGGCCCUGGAGUACCAUAGACACGACCUCACUCUGGCCAGGACAAUAGGGGACAGGAUAGGGGAAGGGAAAGCCAGCGGUAACCUUGGAAACACGCUGAAGGUUUUGGGCCGCUUCGACGAGGCAGCAGUGUGCUGUCAGAGACACCUGGACAUCUCUCAAGAGCAAGGGGACAAGGUGGGAGAGGCCAGGGCUCUGUAUAAUAUAGGGAACGUGUACCAUGCCAAGGGAAAGCAGCAGUUAUGGGGCUGUACCCAGGACCCUGGGGACCUCCCACCAGACGUCAGAGAUACACUGCAAAGGGCUACUGGCUUCUACGAGUUGAACCUGUGUCUGGUCAAAGAGCUGGGGGACAGAGCCGCUCAGGGGAGAGCCUUCGGUAACCUAGGCAACACGCACUACUUGUUGGGAAAUUUUGUGGAGGCCAUCAAAUUCCACAGACAGAGACUUUCCAUUGCCAAGGAGUUCGGUGACAAAGCAGCAGAACGUAGAGCCUAUAGUAACCUUGGCAAUGCUCUGAUUUUCCUGGGCCAGUUCAACACUGCCACGGAGUACUACAGGAAAACUCUGCAGCUGUCUCGUCAGUUAAAGGACCAGGUGAUGGAGGCUCAGGCGUGUUACAGCCUGGGGAACACCUACACUUUGCUGCAGCAGUACGAGAGAGCCAUAGACUACCAUCUCAAACACCUCCUCAUAGCCCAGGAGCUCACUGACAGGGUUGGAGAGGGCCGUGCCUGCUGGAGUCUGGGAAAUGCCUAUGUGUCUUUAGGGAAUCAUCGCCAGGCCCUGCACUAUGCCCGCAAACACCUGGAUAUCUCCAGAGAGAUUGGGGACAGGAAUGGCGAGUUGACUGCCAGGAUGAAUGUGGAGCAGCUGAUGGAGGCUCUGGGGGUCAACGAGAGUGACCUUUCACCCUGCGGGUCAGAGUUUGAGGUGCAAGGAGCCAGACCCAAAAUUACCAAGAGAAACAGUAUGGACAGUGUCGAACUGUGGAAGUACUCGUCAGAUAAGAAUGGAGACAGCCAGGAAUUGGACAGUAUAUCUCGGAGAUCCAAGAGUCAGCAGUCUCAGCCAAGUAGAGGGAAGGGCUACCCCGACAGCCAGUCCUCAGAUGAGAGGCAGUGGUUUGACUCCCCUGUGGACACCGAUGAAAUCACAGUCCAAGUCCCGCCUCCGAAGCUAAGUCGUGACCCCUCUGAUGAGGACUGCUUCUUCGACCUCCUCAGCAAGUUUCAGAGCAGCCGCAUGGACGACCAGCGCUGCCACCUUGACGACCCGAAUGUAGAGAACGGAGAAAACGGCGAGAAUGGAGGGGCUGUCUCUCUUAAUGAAAUGCUAGAUCCAGCGCUCAUCACCUCGCCCCAGACAGAGGAGCUGUUUGACCUGAUCGUCAGCUCCCAGAGCCGUCGCCUGGAUGACCAGCGGGUCAGCGUCAGCAACCUGCCCGGCCUCAGGAUCACCAAUAACAACCUGGGCCACCUGUGUGUUGACACAGACCCCCAGGAGCCCAGCGAUGACUUCUUCAACAUGCUUAUCAAGUGCCAAUCCUCCAGGAUUGAUGACCAGCGGUGCUCCCCGCCAGAAGGGGGACCCCGGGCCCCCACGGUGCCUGACGAGGACUUCUUCAGUCUGAUCCAGAGAGCACAGGCCAAGCGCAUGGACGAGCAGCGGGUCCACCUCCCCUCAGAAGAACAGGACGGGCCCGACUCCGACCCAUCCGGGGACUCCAGCUAGGGGCCCAAGCAAUCAGCCCUGGGGGCAGGGUUUGAGACUGUGACCAUUUGACUUGGCAAUGCAAAACCUAUUUUUAAUUGGUCACUAGGGUGUCAGUGAAAAUGUUUUGCUUGUCAUCUUAGUUUUUGGUUCACAGUUAGCUUUUUUUCUAUUAUCAAGAUUUAUUCUAAUAGCAGUGGGCAGCAACAAUGGGUAUGCAAACAAUGGGUAUGCGAUGUGCAAUUCGGUCAUCAUCCACUGUUUGAAUGAACGUGUCUAAAGGUUUUCCUAAAAACACCUUUCCAAUUAACUGUUGACUGGAAAGUAGGACUAUCUGACAGAAUGUGGGGCGGCAGGUAGCCUAGUGGUUAGAGCGUUGGACUAGCAACCGAAAGGUUGCAAGAUCAAAUCCCCAAGCUGACAAGGUAAAAAUCUGGUGUUCUGCCCCUGAACAAGGCCUGUUCCUAGGCCAUCAUUGAAAAUAAGAAUUUGUUCUUAACUGACUUGCCUAGUAAAAAAAAUAAAAAUGAUAUAAUGAUUUGUAUCAAUCGCAGAGAAUUUUUCUGCUAACUCUGUCAGUGUAGCCCACAAUAAUUCUCUAAUUAUACUUUUUUUUAUUGUUCCCAGACCUUAAAAUGUGGUCUCCUGAUGUGGUUUAAGCAUUGUUGUGGACUUAAAACAUCCAAGUUGUUGUAGUUUUCCUAUUAAAAACAGUGUGAUUUUGACAGUGAGAACCUGGAAAAAACAAGGAAAACUAUUAAAUUAAACCGGGAAAAAUGAAUUUACCAAAACUAAUUUUAUAGGGCUCUACACCUGUAGACUGACUCUUCAAAAUCACUAACACUAACCAGGUUUCCUUCCAACCUUUUUAUGUGAGUAAAGUACAUGUCGGAUGAGACAUUUCAUGACAGGCCAGAUGUAAACAGCUAAUAUAUCGGUAACCUUUCCAAAUAUUGACAAAACAAAAUACGCAACACAAGGUGUGAUCUUUUUGUGUCUGUAAAAUUAUGUGAGAAAUGGCGGUGGAAACGCCUUUAUGCACAAAUAUAUAUCAAAGUAAACUUGGAGUCACGUGGUGAUAUGUUGUGGGUUGCUCCCACUGCGACUUGGAAAACCAUGCAGUUUAUUAGGCUACAGAUGAAAUAGCUUAUGGGUUGGUGAAAGUGCACAGUAAUGAGCUUGAUGCUCCUAUACAAUACAUAUCGAGGGUGUUAUUCUGGUGACAUGAUGCUUGGCUGCCAUUUGACUAAUAAUCUGCCAUUUGUCUAUAAUAAUCUCAUCAUGUAGGCUAUACCCACACUGUUUCUGCAAGCUGUUGGCUAGAGGGCACGAGCCAAGACCAGAGUGGGCACAUUCGCUAUAUAACUCAAAAACAAAACGUCACAGAACCAUCAGUAGACUUGAAGAUGUGAUGGAAACCCAUUUUUUUUAUUUGGUAACCUCAAAAAUAAUGUGUAUGGGCCGCACAACGCCUUUUAUCCACAUCAAGUCAAUUUGAUGGAAACUCAUCUCUGGUGGGAAAAGUUUUGAGUAUUCGCAUGAAAAUCUGUCGCUAAUUGGAUGGAAACCUAGCUAUUAACACAAUGUUUGAGAUUUUGCAAAGGUUUUAUUUUCCCCUCCAAACAAUCAAUGUUAAUAUGAUGUUGUCAAGUUAAAAUGGAAUUAUUUCUGUAUGGAGGGUAGGACAUUAUAAGCUACUUGCUCAGCGUGCAUCAUUGCUCAGCGUGCAUCAUCCGCUUUACCAGGACAGUAUUCUUUUCAUUGGAGCCAGUAGCUCCCAGUUGGCACUGGCCCGGUGUGUCACUGGCAAAUUUACCUGAAUGUCAAGCCCUGCCCAAGGCAUGCUAAUUUACCAGAUGGCUUUUCAUUACUUGCCUGGUUCUGUAUGGAAUGCAGCUACAUUAUAAGUCACAGGUGAGGUCAUUAUCAUGGGGUGUGAUCAAAUCAUGUACUGGUGCCAUCAACUGGUCUGCAACCCUGCCUGGGCCACCACUCGAGGAGAUCCUUGAAGGGAUAGGUGUGCAAUAGGUGGCACCCUUUCAGCUGUCGUGAAUCUGUUUAGAUUUGAAAGGUGUACAAAUCCAAAUUCUAGGAGAAAUCUAUGUGAAUUAAGUGUUUCGCUAGGGUUUGAGACGCCAACAAGAUAUUUACUGUACCCCAUCUAACUGCCUUAAAUCUGUUUGUUUUUUUUUUUUCAAACUCCGAUUGUAUUACUAAGUAUCAGGGGUCUGUGAUUUCAAAGCGUAUAAUGGAGAAGUGUUUGGUCUGAAGGAUGGCGAUGAUUUUGCUGCUGGUAUUUUUGGUGACAACAGUAUUAGCUAUGUCAAAAUUGCAUUCGGUAUUAGACAACAGCUCAAGAGACUUCAGGAAUAAUUAUAAAACAGCACGGUUAGUCAAGGUCUAGUCAUUAUAGAGUUCAUGUCUUCUGGAGUACAAACAGGUUUAAAACCCCAAAAAAUAUAAAUUUCUCAAAAUAAAUGUUACGUUUAAUAGUAUACAAAAUGUCAAGAAUAUAUUGUUUUAGAGAGUUGAAUCAAGCUCAAAUCAAAGUGCAUCUCUUCAUUUAGGCCAUGGAAGUGCCAAUAGUGCAGUAUAUAGGCAGUAUACUGAUUGCAAUCAACAAAUGUCUAAUGGUAACCCCCACAAUGCCAUCAACUUGAUCAACCUUUCUCUGACCAAUGACCUUAGAGCUGACAGUCCAAUGGAUCUGGGACUUUUUUUUUAGGACGGCACAGGAGUAGAUGUAUAGCCUAUCCAUACACAAUCCUGUGUUGCAGGGAUCUCCUUCUACAUUGCCAGAGCUGUUAGUCUUCAGUUUCCAAUUGUCUAGGAGGGGUUAGUUUUAUAUUCUGCUUGUAUACUGUCCCUUUGUGGUGAAACAUGUGUACUACAGCUGUCCUGUGUGUCCUAUUGGAAACGAGACUUUUGUCAUUCCUGAGGUUGAGGAUGUAAUCAUGUGAGCAAGUAUAAUGCUUUUAAGCACUUUUUAUUAUUUCAGUGACAAGCUAUACAUAACUGUACAGUAUAUACUUUGCAUAUUUUUUGCAGAUCAUUUUGUAAAGGAUAGAGUAUAUUUGCAAAAAAUGUUAGUGCCUUUUUGUAUUUCUGUUCCCUUGUGGUUAUCAGAAUGAUCCUGUAGAGUUAUCCUGUAGCAGACCCAGUGGACCAGAGACAGGUGUAUACUGAAGAAUUGAAACAAAAACAGCUUGUAGUAAGAUCUAAACAUACAGUAACGUGUUGCCUAACUGAUGAUCCAUAAUGGACAUUUUUGUUGCUCUUCCUCUUUGGGAAUCCAUUUGUAAAUGUUAGUUUUACCGUGUAGCUCUACUUUGUACCUCAAGAGUCAUGACCCUAUCCCAGAGUGGGCCAUAAACCUAACUCGGGAUGGGUCGUGAUCUAUAUGAUUCAUCUCGACCUCUGUAAUAAGAGGCUUACAAGGUCCCCACUGUUUUCCAAACAGAGCUCAUUUCCUCUAUUUUUCCAUAACUUAUAAGGGUAAACUUGGUCCAGAUCUAUCCGGUACGCUUCUAUUUGUCACUACCAUAUGUACAUAUAUUUUUUUGUAUUUAUGUUCCAUUUGAGGACAUAAAGAUGUCCCUUCUGCUUUUAAUAAAAUAUUGAUUCCAAUGUUU